GAGUGUUCCAAGGGGGGAACGGCGUUGCUUGGUGGCUACCCCAGGCAAAAUCGGUCCGUGCAUCCAUGGAUCAGACAUUGCCAAACACGGAGGGGCUACCCUCCCGCCUUCCGGGGUUAGAGAGAGAAAGAGAGGACGGUGAAGCGAAGAAGAUGACGGUUGAAGGCCCCUCGACUGAUCGUUUGCGUAGUCUACGGACGCUUGUAUCGGCUCUGAAUCUGAUAUCCAGAAGCCUUCCUCUCCCUUCCGACCUCUUGGAUGCUGUCUUCUCCAUCUACUAUUCCGUCGAUUCCGGUCCUUCCCAAGAGGUUGGUGGUGGAGAUCCAAUUCAAGGAGAUCUAUUGGAGGAUUUCCAAAAUGCAUUGUUAAAACAAAGAUUGAACUAUGCUACAAGUGCUUCACUAAAGAAGUUGGAGGGAUAUCAUCUCCAACUCAACAAACAGCAUCGUCUAAAUGAACUUGAAGAUCUGCCCUUCAGUAGGGGAGAAGACAUGCAAAUGAAUUGCUUACUCGAGCUAUAUGGACUAAGGCUAUUGGACCUGCAGAGGAAGGUGCGAGCUGAUGUAAGCUCUGAGUACUGGCUGCAAGAGAAAUGCUCAUUUCCAGACAAACAUUUGUUUGACUGGGGAAUGAUGAGGCUGAGGCGCAGUCUUCCAUUAUUUGGUAAUGGAGAUGCUUCUUAUGUGGAAGUUGAUGAUCACCAGCGAAAGAGACGGGAUGAAGAGAGGCUGUCAAGGUUAGAACAAGAAGAGAAAAACAGAACAGAAACCAGAAAAAGAAAAUUUUUUAAUGAAUUGCUUAAUGCAUCCCGUGAGUUCCAAAAUCAAGCACAAGCUGCUCUGAAACGUCGAAAACAGAGGAAUGAUGGGAUCCAGGCAUGGCAUGCAAGACAGAGGCAAAGGGCCACAAGGGCAGAAAGGCUUAGGUUCCAAGCACUAAAAGCAGAUGACCAGGAAGCAUAUUUGCGGAUGGUUGAGGAGAGUAAGAAUGAACGACUGACUACUCUUCUAGGAAAAACCAAUGAGCUCCUUUUUCGGCUUGGAGCUGCCGUUCAACGGCAGAAGGAUGCAGAGCAUGCUGAUGGAUCUGAAUCUGUUCGAGGAUCUGAUACUGAUGAUGCAGCACAGAUAUCUCUAUCUAAUGCGGAUGUGGUUCUGGAUGAUGAACUAAACAUGAUUGAUAUGGAUUCAGGUCAUUCAGUCAAGACAAAUGACUUGCUUGAAGGCCAACGCACAUACAACUCAGUUAUUCAUUCCAUCCAAGAAAAGGUUACUGAGCAGCCGGCAAUGCUUCAAGGUGGUGAACUUCGGUCAUAUCAAGUGGAGGGUCUGCAGUGGAUGCUUUCGCUGUUCAACAACAACCUGAAUGGCAUUUUGGCUGAUGAGAUGGGGCUAGGGAAAACUAUCCAGACAAUUGCAUUACUUGCAUAUCUAAUGGAGAAUAAAGGAGUGAGUGGACCACACUUGAUUGUAGCUCCAAAAGCCGUACUUUCUAAUUGGGUCAAUGAAUUUGCAACCUGGGCUCCUAGUAUCCUUGCUGUUCUUUAUGAUGGUCGUGCAGUUGAAAGAAAAGUACUGAGGGAAGAAUAUUCUGGUGAAGGAAAAUUCAAUGUCAUGAUAACACAUUAUGAUCUCAUAAUGCGAGACAAAUCUUUUCUGAAGAAAAUCCACUGGUACUACAUGAUUGUUGAUGAAGGCCACCGGUUGAAGAACCAUGACUGUGCACUUUCACGCACAUUGGUGACAGGUUAUCAUAUUAAACGUAGGCUUCUUUUGACUGGAACUCCAAUACAAAAUAGUUUACAGGAGUUGUGGUCCUUACUCAACUUCUUGCUUCCAAGCAUUUUCAAUUCAGUAAAGAACUUCGAGGAAUGGUUCAAUGCACCUUUUGCAGAUCGUGGUGAUAUUUCUCUGACAGAUGAAGAAGAACUAUUGAUUAUUCGUCGUCUGCAUCAGGUUAUAAGGCCAUUUUUACUACGGAGGAAGAAAGAUGAAGUAGAAAAGUUCCUUCCAGGAAAAACGCAGGUCAUUUUGAAAUGUGAUCUGUCAGGCUGGCAGAAAGUUUACUAUCAACAGAUUACAGAUAUAGGAAGAGUUGGACUAGAUUCAAGUACUGGAAAGUCCAAGAGCUUACUGAAUUUGUCUAUGCAACUAAGGAAAUGCUGCAAUCAUCCUUAUCUAUUUGUUGGCGAAUACAACAUGCAUCAGAAAGAAGAGAUAGUGAGAGCAUCAGGAAAAUUUGAGUUGCUUGAUCGCUUACUCCCAAAACUGCAAAAAUCAGGGCACAGAGUCCUGCUUUUCUCACAGAUGACACGUCUCAUGGACAUUUUGGAAAUCUACCUGUCGCUGCAUGGAUUCUCAUAUCUGAGGCUUGAUGGUGCAACAAAGACCGAGGAGCGAGGUGCAUUACUCAAAAAGUUCAAUGCACCAGAUUCCCCCUACUUCAUGUUUCUUUUAAGCACUCGAGCUGGUGGUCUUGGCCUUAAUUUGCAGACUGCAGAUACAGUUAUAUUGUUUGAUAGUGACUGGAAUCCGCAAAUGGACCAGCAGGCUGAAGAUCGAGCUCAUCGGAUUGGGCAAAAGAAGGAAGUACGUGUUUUUGUAUUAGUAAGUGUUGGGUCAAUUGAGGAAGAAAUCCUGGAACGUGCAAAACAAAAGAUGGGGAUUGAUGCUAAAGUUAUUCAGGCUGGGCUAUUCAACACUACUUCAACAGCAAAGGAUAGAAGAGAAAUGUUGCAGGAGAUAAUGCGCAGAGGUACAAAUUCUCUUGGAACAGAUGUACCAAGUGAAAGAGAAAUCAAUCGGCUAGCAGCUAGGUCGGAUGAGGAAUUCUGGCUUUUUGAGAAGAUGGAUGAAGAGAGGCGACACAGGGAAAAUUAUCGGUCAAGACUAAUGGAAGAGCACGAGGUGCCAGAAUGGGCUUUUGCUGCGCCAAACAGAAAGGAAGAAAAGACUGUUGGAGAUGUGGAUAAACAUUUAGAGGGCAGCCAAAGCACAGGGAAACGACGGAGGAAAGAAGUGAUUUACACUGACCUGCUUAGUGAUGUCCAGUGGAUGAAAGCUGUCGAAAGUGGUGAGGAUUUAGCACAGGCAGUUAUGAGAAGCAAGAGAAAAGAACAGCUUGUGAGCACGACUGAGUCAACCAGUGAAAUGAUGCAAAUCGAAAGGCAAGAAUCAAUAAAUGGGGAAGAGGAGGAUGAGGGGACGAGCAGCGAUCUCUUUUCCAGUGUACCUAGAAAACUGAAAUCUACAAAACCGAAGCCCUUUUUUCCUACCAAGGAUGAAACUUUACCGCUUAACAAGGACGAAGUCGAAUAUCAUGGUGGCAGUGGCUGGCCUGGGGAUAUUGUUACUUGGAAAGCCCAUAAAAGGAGAACUAGUCACCUUGAUGCGCGAGCACAACAGUGCAGUAAUAGGGGAAACGGAUGGGUAUGACGGGAAAUUCUCUGGGCAUAUUUGCUUUUAGUGUUCUUUGUAACAUGAAUCAUUUGGUUGGGGGAGUGCUUUGAUCUUGGUUGCGCGGGUACAACAGUGCAGUAAUGGAGGAAACGGAUGGAUAUGACGGGAAAUUCUCCUGGCAUUUUUUUUUUCUUUAGGGUUCUUUGUAACAAGAAUCAUUGGCCAGAAAUGCUUUGAUUGCAGUCUUCAAUCAUUGCGCUUUAUGUAUUGGCACUUCAACCUUUUGUCACAUGCAGGAUAAGAUUUACA